UAGGUGUGGCUGCAUUUGGUGUUGAUGUGUGCGUGGCCGGUGCGCCAGGGGGCGCUGCGGUACGCCAGCUGUGCGCUGUGUUCACGCCGCUCCCGCCGCAGUCGCGGUCCGUCAACGGGCGAACUACCACGUGGUCACUCCACGUCCUAUAAAUCAAAAACUUUCUUACGUCAAAUCAAUGGAUAUAACCUAACACGCGCGUUUAGGAUAUUAAGAAUAAAAUGUGAUUUAUUUGUGUUGACGUCGGGAUGGCCUUUUGAUCACUUAUUGAUGUGUGCAACAGUGACGUGCUGUGCUGUGCCAAUGAUGUGAAUAUUUUUUCUGUGUUGUGUUGUAUAAAAAAAAGGAGUUAUGAGUAUCCAAAAGUGUUUGCUGGAUAAUUCCAGCAGGAUGAUCAAGGCGAUGUCGACUGCUAAGUCGAGCACCAGUGAAGUGAAGAUGGGCGUCAAUAGUGGGCUGAAAAAGGUCGGCCUGGCAAUGCUGUCACUAUCAGUACCCAUCAGUGAGAAACAUAAAAAAACAACCCGCAGCUGGAUAGAGAGCACGUUUCAGAAGCGAGAGUGUAAAUACUUCGUGCCCAGCGCUAAGGAUGAGCACGUAUGCUGGUGCGGACUUAGCAAGACAGCUCAUGGUUCCAACACGCAGACCGCCAACCCUGGAGAUGCAUGGGUUCCAGCCAAGCAUACGCAGUCAGCUCCAACGGACGCCUACGGAACUGUGGAGUUCCAGGGCGGACCGCAUCCUACCAAAGCUCAGUACGUCCGACUAUCCCACGACACAAGACCUGAACUAAUAGUCCAGCUGCUGACCAGAGAAUGGGCCCUCGACCGUCCGAAGCUACUCAUCACGAUCCAGGGUGGUAAAGCCAACUUCGACCUUCAACCGAAACUGAAGAAGGUGCUACGGAAAGGACUGCUGAAGGCUGCGAAGACCACUGGAGCGUGGAUCUUUACGGGAGGCACUAAUACUGGUGUGACCCGUCAAGUGGGUGACGCACUACAACUGGAGCGAUCACAGCGUGCCGGCAGGGUUGUGAGCAUCGGAAUAGCACCUUGGGGCAUCGUAGAAGGCGCCAACGAGCUCAUCGGCAGAGGCAGAGAUGUGCCGUACCAUGCGAUUGCUUCACCGAGAUCAAAACUAGCAGUACUAAACAACAGACACGCAUACUUCUUGUUAGUAGACAACGGGUCGGUCGGGCGGUAUGGAGCAGAAAUCGUUCUAAGAAGAAAGCUUGAGAAAUACAUCGCGGCGCAGAAACUACAUCCUUACACACACUCUUCAACUCCGGUGGUCUGCUUGGUGAUAGAAGGAGGCACGAACACAGUGCGUGCGGUGCUGGAAUACGUGACUGACACGCCUCCGGUGCCGGUCGUCGUAUGCGAUGGCAGUGGGAGAGCGGCAGAUCUUAUUGCUUUUGUUCAUAAGUAUGCAUCAGAGACAGGCGAGCAGACAGUCCUGGAGUCUAUGCGCGACUACCUCAUCAGCACCAUACAGAAGACCUUCGAGGUGGGCCUGCAGCAAGCAGAGCUCUUGUACGGAGAACUGCUGCAGUGUACCAGGAAGAAAAACCUGAUCACGGUGUUCAGAAUCCAAGAACGCGCGGAAGGCGGCGAGGUCCAGGAGUUGGACCAGGUCAUUCUGACAGCACUCUUCAGGGCACAGCACCUGUCUCCAAGCGAACAGCUAUCCUUGGCGCUGACAUGGAACCGAGUGGAUAUCGCCAGGUCCGAGAUCUUCGUGUAUGGACAGGAAUGGCCUCCAGGUGCUCUCGACGAGGCAAUGAUGCAAGCCUUAGAACACGAUCGCAUAGAUUUCGUAAAACUCCUUCUAGAAAACGGUGUGUCGAUGCGCAAGUUCCUAACAAUACCUCGUUUGGAAGAGCUUUAUAAUACCAAGAGUGGGCCCAGUAACACCCUCAGGUAUAUCCUGAGAGACGUCAGGCCACAUCUGCCGAGGGGGUAUGUUUAUACGCUGCACGAUAUUGGACUGGUCAUCAAUAAACUAAUGGGAGGUGCAUACAGAUGUUACUACACAAGACGCAAGUUCCGUCCGAUCUACGCGAAGGUGAUGAACAAGAGUGUGAACGUGCAUCGCAACAGCGCUUCCUUCACCAGGCACAACGCUGGGGUGUCUCUCAUCACCGGCUUCAUGCCUGUCACUACUGAGAUGGCACUCUUCGACUAUCCUUUUAAUGAACUUCUUAUGUGGGCAGUUCUAACAAAGCGUCAUCAAAUGGCGCUACUCAUGUGGACGCAUGAGGAAGCUCUUGCCAAGUCGCUGGUCGCCUGCAAGCUCUACAAGGCAAUGGCUCAUGAAGCGGCUGAGGAUGACAUGGAGACUGAGGUCUAUGAGGAGCUCAGGCAUUAUGGCAAGGAGUUUGAGAACAAAGCCUUGGAGCUUCUAGACUACUGCUACCGACAAGACGACGAUCAGGCUCAGCAGCUGUUGACUUGCGAGCUGCAGAACUGGUCUGGUCAAACCUGUCUGAGCCUCGCCGUGGCCGCCAACCACCGCGCGCUCCUCGCACACCCCUGCUCACAAAUCAUCCUCGCCGACCUGUGGAUGGGAGGUCUCAGAACAAGAAAAAACACCAACCUAAAGGUAAUUCUGAGCCUGCUGUGUCCGCUGUACAUUCUCCAACUGGAGUUCAAGUCGAAGGAAGAACUGCAGCUGAUGCCCCAGACGGAGGAGGAACACCUCGAGAACGAGAGCAUCGAAGAUGAUAGAAGCACCAAGGACCCCACGGAUGCCGAGGUUGGAGUUGCAAAAAGGCGAACGCUAUCUAUCAAGAAGAUUAUUCCGCCUGGACAGCCGUGUAAAGCUUCGAAGGCGUUGAUUGGCUCAGGGGCCGAAUGCGAAACUCGUGUCGAUCAGAACGGGAAAGUUGGUAAAAUAGGAUGGGAGCCUUCGUACCGAGAGCUGCCGGAGCCUCACGCCCCUGAAGACAAGAUGAUGAGGCCGCUCAGGCUAAAGAAGAAGAUUUACGAGUUCUUCACAGCGCCUAUCACCAAGUUCUGGGCCGAUUCGAUAGCCUACAUUUUGUUCCUAUUGAUGUUUACAUAUACAGUAUUAGUCAAGAUGGACCCGACGCCGUCUUGGCCCGAGAUAUAUUCUAUAUGUUAUGUAGUAACGUUCUUAUGUGAGAAGAUAAGGGAAAUCAUUACGUCCGAACCUGUUGCUAUUAGACAUAAGUUCAGCGUAUGGGCGUGGAACCUAUGGAACACGUAUGACGCCGGCUUCAUCAUCUUCUUUCUGGUGGGGCUGACGCUGCGCCUACGCUCAGUGUCCAUGGACGUCGGCCGCGUCAUCUACUGCGUCGAUAUUAUUUAUUGGUACUUAAGGAUAUUGAAUAUAUUGGGAGUUAAUAAGUACUUAGGUCCUCUAGUCACAAUGAUGGGUAAGAUGGUAAAAAACAUGAUAUACUUCGUGGUGCUAUUACUGGUGGUGCUAAUGUCGUUCGGAGUGGCGCGGCAAGCGAUUCUGUAUCCAGACGAGGAAGCCAGCUGGCAUCUCAUCAGAGAAGUAUUCUUCCAACCGUACUUCAUGCUAUACGGGGAAGUGUUCGCGGAGCAGAUGGCGCCCCCGUGUGGGCUGCCCGGGCUCGAGGAGUGCCGCGUGGGCCACUGGGUGCCGCCCGUGGUCAUGAGCGUGUACUUGCUCAUUGCCAACAUUUUACUUGUCAACCUUCUCAUAGCCGUCUUCAAUAACAUCUUCAUUGAAGUGAACGGUGUGUCGCACCAGGUAUGGAUGUUCCAAAGAUUCACAGUGGUGAUGGAGUACGAACAGAAGCCGGUGUUGCCACCUCCACUUAUAACGCUAUGUCACAUAUACGCAAUAGGCAAGUGGGUGACCAGGAACGUGUCGCACAAACGGUUCCAGUACGACAAUGGGCUCAAAUUGUUUUUAGAGAAAGAGGAUAUGGAAAGACUUUAUGAUUUUGAGGAAGAGUGUGUUGAAGGGUAUUUUAGGGAACAAGAAGUUAAAUUGUCUAAUUCUAUAGAAGAGAGAGUAAGAAAUACAACUGAUAGGGUAGAACAUAUCACGACCAAAAUGGAAGACUUGAAUCAAAAAGCUAAUUGCCAAAUACAAUCGGUUCAGAGUGUAGAAUUUAGGUUAAGAAAGUUAGAAGAUGUGGCGGAACAGACUAUGAAUCACUUAGCGGUGAUCCAUCGGUUCAUGGCGACUCACCCGUCGCUGGUGAACCGAGGUUCCACUGACACCCUGGGACCUCCACCACCUACCUUCCAAGCUGGAGCAGCUAGGUUAAGAACUGCUAGUGAUCGAUCUGAGGUGCUGUCGGACAGCGACACGGGCGCCGCGCGCUUCGCGGUACGCCCGGUCCAGGAGGAGGACGAGCGAUCGCGACCCUCCGAUGAUGAGUUGCCCCAGUCCGGGCCAGAAGCUGCAGUGGAGAAGGAACCAGAAGCCGACUCGAUAUCCACGUCAUCUGAAGGUCAUGCGGGUCCUAACAUCACGGUCGUGAAGGCACAACCUCCCAUUACUCCUGCCAGGCAGAGGUCCUCCGAUAGCAACAGGACUGAACCUAGCGAUGAGAAGAAAGUAGCGUCGUCAACAGAUGAUGCAUUCCUACCUGAAGUUCGCGAGGUACCGUCAGAUCUACACAGCCUGCGUCCGCGCACUACUUCAGCUGGAACCAGACGUACUGCCAACACGAGACGGAGACGGUUGUGGAAACAGCGUUCGGAGGGCGGCAACGACUGCGGUAUGGGCGGCCACUACUCCGCCCAACACCUGGCGCCGCGACGUCAGCACAGCCAGACGCACUCCGAGCCUGAUAACUCCGCCGUCGACGCUGGAUCAGUGCACAAUUCUGUUACUGGGACAAGCCGUCAGUCAGGUUGGGAGGUUACAGGCGGGGCGGCAGGUAUCCCGUCAGGCCGCAGCCGGGUCGGUGGUGCACCGCGCUCCCUUCUGCUCGCCAUGCACGAGUAUACCAGCAUCACUGAUGAGUUGGAGACUGUGUAUGGACUCUUCUCUCCGCCGCAUACGCCCAGGACGCCAAUCACCUCUCGUCUCCUAUCACCGGCUCGAGCGGCUUCGCCCUCAGUCCGCCGGCGCCACGCCAGCGAGAUGUCCAACCCUGAGUUUGCGCUCUUCAUGGAGAAGGAACACCUUCGCGGCGCUGAAGAAGAUGACUACAUCAUUAUGGAGAACCUUAUCCAGAGGCGCCUAGCAAUGGGUGGUCUGGACAGAUACGAGGAGGAGGAGGGCGGGGAGGGCGAGGGCGGCGAGGGGGGCGGGGUGAGCGGCAUCAGCAUCAGUGUGUGCGUCAACAGUAGCGCGGCUGAUGAGCACGCCGUGCCGCCGCAGACCAGCACACUGCUCACUGUUAGUGACCGUCGGCUGCCGCAUCAGAGGCACUCGUUAAGAAGAUCAUCAGCUAUCGACAGUCGCGAGCUGCCGUCGCCGCUGCAGCCACUGUUGGAUGAUGAUGCAUGCGGAGAAGUACUCCUACCUGUACCGAGGCAGCCUUCUGGCGAUACAAACGCGUCAAGCGAGCUUUCCCUCUCGCACAUGGUUAGCGAGAACCUCCCUCCCCGGCCGUCCAUAGUGCUGGACUCGUCGCAGCUGCCGCGCCAGCGCUCCGCCGACCAGCCGCCCUCGCAGCCGCCCGCGCCGGCCAGGCCCGAGACCAUGUGCUGAACCUGGCUGGACACUGGCAAAAGCAACAAAGUCAACAUUCAAGACACAGCCAGCUCGUAAAGGCGUCAACCAAAUAAAUUAGUAAAUAACCGAACAGUGACGGACUGACUUAGCGGAGUAUUAGUCAUAAUAUUGUUAACACCAAAUACUUAACGUUAGAGUUUCGACGACUUGUAGCGCCCUUGUAGGCCUUUUGGGACCCUUUUCAAUGUUACCUAGUUGUUACUCUCGCCACUUGAUAUAUAGGUCAGAGGGUCUAGCACAAGUUUAGCGAACUUUUUCAAUUCUGUCAAUUUCUUAUAGAGUUUUGGAUCUCGAUUCCUGAAUAUAACUAAAUUUCUACUUUUCGACUAAAAAGUAAAAGUCCAAGUUUUUUUAGUUCUAUACAUUUUCCAUUUUUGCUGACGAUAUUUCGAAGAAAGUGGUAUCAUUCCAACGAAACUAAGAAUCUAUUCUUCUAUAUUAUAUGCAACUAGCUAAACCUACUUUGCUAUUAUAAACUUGUGCUAGGUUCUUGAAAGGUCGACUUCAUACAAUAAGUGGUCUGUGAGACCUGCAGUGUACGCUUAACAUCUACUUACGAAUAUAGGACGAAGUUUCUGGAACUUUGUUGUAUUUGCAUUGUAUGAAGUCAGCCUUCCGUACCUAUAUGUUUCGUGGUCUCGUCUUCUGUGUGAUGCUAACAGACUGAAUUGUACACAAUUCUAAAACUAAUCAUAUCGAUCUUUUCAAUUAAUACAACUUUUCUAAACUUAGCCUUCAGUUCUGUUUGUAAACCUAUAUCAAUCAGACAUUUGCGUUAGUUACCUAUCAUACCUACUUAUUUCAUCUUCAAAGAAAUCAGUCGAAUAUUAUUAAGAACAUUCAUCACGACGAAGACUGUGAAUUACGUCUAUUUAUUUUACUUAAAAUGGACCUUGUGCUUAAUACUAUAAGGUUCAAUAUCACUCCAGUCUAGCUUUCUUCUUCGUUGGAGGGAAUUUAUAUUUAGCUGUAAAUACGCCGAGUGUUGCUAUUUAAUAUAUUGUCUGUAGAUACAUGGUCCAAUGCAUGUCAUUUCGUACUCGUUUCACUUAGAUCGGAACUAAGGAGUAGGAUCGUUUUGUACUCGCCUACUUUAUUAGUGGAGAAUUAGCAUAAUAUGUCACAAGUGCUGAGGACGAAACGCUUCGACGUGAGUUGUCCUACUCUCGAGGUUUGUACAUAGCUUUAUAAAGAUAUUGUACAGAAUACGGUUCAGAAAAAGAACUAAGAGAAAGACAAACGACAAUACUAGUGCUCACUUUGUAUAUACUGUUGUCAGAGUUAAAGGAUUUAAUAAAAUGGUACUGAGGUUUAUUAGUUAGGACAUAGUAGUUAUUACAAUUCGGAUGCAUAUAGUAUGAAACCUGUUGACGUUUAAGAGUUUACGCUUCCUCGAAGCUUUCGGUCGGUGAGCACUAAGCCGCGUCUCCGUUGUUUUACCAGUCUCUAACUUUGAACAUAUCAGAUGCAAUUACUAAAGUAAGUCAUUAUUUCUGCAAUCAAUUACAGUUUUGGAGUUUUACAAGUACUUGUGUAUCCCGUUUUGACUUUACUCCGCUUUUUUACUAAGCUUUCCUAUAAAAAUGAAAUUUAAAUGCAAAAAACUAAUACAUGAAUGUAAUAAUAGUUUACUUGAAGUGACAUUUGUGAGAUUUUACUUUUACGACCAAAUAAAAAAGCGGAGUAAAUGUACCUCUAUUUUAUUUGAUGAUUGUUGAACAAUUUAUUAAUGUACAUUUUAAUACUUUAUACUUGAAUACCUACUGUAAUAAAAUGGGUCAUAAAAUCUAUUUUAAAAUAACCGUCGGAUAACUUAUCUGGCGAACAAUUAAUUUAAUAAAGCUACCAAUAGUAUUUUAAUUAUUUCGAGUCCCCUCAAUAAAUAACGGUCAUCACAAUGUGUUCAAUUAUACCAAAUAUUUUGUGCAAAUUUUUACCAUUUUUAUUAUAUUUGCAGUACAAUGAAAUUAAAUUCAUCUUUGUAAAUAAUCGUAGAAACAUGAAAUUUAAUAUGAAGGUGAUUAUUGUAUAUUUAUUAGGAGUUUAAUUAAUAAUAUACUGAUUAUAUUAUAAUAGAAUUAUUAAGCAUCGAUGUAUUGUUAAGGAGAAGUGAUGCAAUAAAUUAUUUUACUUUUUAGUAGACAAUUAAAGGGGAGUUUUAUCAUAUCUCUUGUUCGCGUCGGUCGGGCGAUAUUAAUAAAGCAAUAAUUUUGUACGUACCUUCUUCAUACAUAUUUCUAUGGCUUUGUAAGAGCUGAAAACGUAACAAUAUUUUGUAUUUUCGACACAUUACGUACUUAACAUGUUAUAUUUUUAACCACCAGCACAACCAAUAUGACGUAUCAAAUAGUUUAUUCUUAUGAAUAUUUUUUAUCUAAAAUAUUCGCGCUUAAUCCUUUUCAUUUGACCUAAAUACUUUUACGAAGUAGUAACAUUCUAAAAAGCUUUCAUGGUACAAAAAUUCAAUCAAAGCAUUUGAUGCGUCAAAAUGAUCGCGCAACUAUUAAAUAAAACAACCUUUUUCAAGUACCUACCUACGCCAGUAAUCGUAAUAAUUUCCGUUGAGUGCGUUAGGAAAACUUUGUGGGGCAUAUAAUACGUAGUUGGGGCAAUAAAAGGACAGUAGCCGGCCGGUAUCCGCACUAUAUCCGUUACGGAUAUCUCUGCGGACUUCUUAUUUUCCCGAUAACUGAUGAAAUUGUGCCUGCUAACGUCUUCUGUGAAGCAUUGGAAAGAAAUUACGUUUGAAAUCAAUAUUGAUUGGAUAGUAAAGAAUUAUUGUUUUUAAAGUAUAUAUGCACGUUCUAUUCUAUAAUAGAAAUUAGUUGAAUCAUUUUAGUUUAUAAUACACAAUUGUUUUCAUUGCACGAGAACACUUCAUUGUUUGAGAUUCACAGAACAGAGGAAUUGAAACGUUAAGCUGCAUGUUACGUUCCGAAUAGUCCAAUUAUAUUCCAUAUAGUUUAUGUGUAAGAAAUAUUUUACGGAGAAUAGCGAAUAAUGUAAUUGUACAUAAUGUGUAAAUGUUAAAGUUGUUAUUUUUUACCAAAAUGUAAUGUUGUAAGAGCGAGCGAAGCGCUUCCAACAUCCCCGAUGCUUUACGAGCACAAUCUUUGAAUCAUCAUUUUUAAAUCUUAGAUCAUCUUUUAUCUUCAGCACAACGUUUUGAUUAAUCAAGAGAAACGACUUGUCCUUAUUGGGAUAUUUUAUUCUAGACUCGAUUCAUUCAAUAUUUUUCAGAGUGAUAAAACUACUUCAUCUGAGUUAUAAAGUAUGUACAAUGGUAAAAUAAAUAUUAUAUUUGUGAUAUUACAA